AUGUUUUCACAACACUUUCAGGACUUUAGAAAAUUGAAGAUUGAAUGCAAACCAAAUUAUUACACACAUGACUAUUACGACAGAAGACAUUUUGGGCAUAAUUAUCCACAUUAUGGACACGAAUACAAUCUCAUACACAAUGAAUAUCCAUCUCAUGUAAAGCCUCAUUAUAGCCAUUAUAGCCAACACCAAAAUAAUCGCAAUAAUAACAACGGCUAUAGACUUCCGCAUCCAAUCGAGAGACACAGCAAUGGAUUACCGAAAGACAAUACAAUUAGUUAUCGGACGGCUGGACAGCGGCUCACAUCCAGCGAAGAACUCAAAACACAUUACAAACGCAAACCUAAGAAAGUGAAGAUUGAAACGGAAGAGGAAGAAGAAGAAGAAGAAGAGCCCAAAAGUAAGAAGAAAUCGCGUAAAUCACAAGAAGAGGAACUACCGGACAAUAUUCGGAUGUAUGGCUCUCUAGAUCUGGGGGAUUUGGAUUCGGGUUUGUACGACGAGUCAAACACUUACAGCUAUGACUUCUCGACCACCACUCCCUCAACAACGACAACACCCCCUCCGAAGACGAAAAAACCGUUUAUUUCAGACAAAACCAAGGAAUGGAUGGGAAAUAAGGCCAGGGAUAGCGCCGUUAAGGCCGCGGAAAAGUCUGCAGUGGUUUACAAUUCGUUGAAAGAGAAGUACAAAGCGGCCAAAAUGAAAUUUAAAAACAAACCCAAAGCCUCCAAAACACCCGCUCCGGUCGUUGUGACCCCACCCGUCAUCGCCGCCGCACCCAUAGCUGCCCCGACUUAA